AUGACCAUGAGCAUUCCGACCAAGUCGGAAGUAAAUAAAGAAGAGCUUUGCUUCUACGGCAGUGAUCCAGGUGCAGUAAAACAUGGUAAUUUCAUCAACUACUACUCCUUUCACGAUGUGCAAGAAAGGAUAAAUAAUCUUCAUCCUCAAAUGUUUCCUACACCAAUAGAUAAUAAGCUUAUUUGUCUAGAUAUUGGUUGCAAUACAGGAGAUCUGACGAAAGCUGUUUACGAAUAUUUAAAAUCGCUCUAUCCAAAUUGCGACAUUCACAUACUAGCUGUAGAUAUUGAUUCUGCAUUAAUAUUUCGGGCUAAGGAAUCCAAUUCUUACCCAUAUAUUACAUUUAGCACUUCUAAUAUAAUGUCUGAAGAAGAUCGCUUGCCAAUAAUACAUUUCCUAAAAAGUUACAAAAGAAUGAAAUUUGACAUAGUUUUUUGUUUCUCUGUAACUAUGUGGAUUCACCUUAAUAAUGGUGAUAAUGGCUUACUAGAAUUUUUACAAUAUCUGAAAAGUAUUUCUAACACAAUUGUAAUUGAACCACAACCAUGGAAAUGUUAUAGGAAAGCACAAAAAAGGGUAAAGAAAUCUGGUAAUACAUUUGAACUUUAUAACCAUCUAAAAAUAAAAAGUGGUGUGGAUAUUAUCAUAGAAAAUAUCCUCAAAACUGACUUAUAUUGUAAAAUUUAUGAAUCUCCAAGUUCAUCUUGGGAUAGGAAAGUACAAAGUUUUCAGUUAACAAUGGAAUCUGUAAACAAAUGUUAA